GUCACCGAGCCACCAUUAUUUGGCAUUAGGCGGGAAGACGUUGGUGGGAGCGGCGGACGUUUGAACUUGGGAUAACCUUUUCCUCCGGUCCCUUGUUCGGCCACGGUGAUGGAUAAUCCUGGACACAGUAUUUUUGCUGGUGGCAGCUUGCACCUAGAUGGCAUAGCUGCCAGGAAUGAGGAGGAGGACUUACAGAGGGAAGAGGAAGAGGAGGAGGAGAACAGGAGGAGGGAGAAAGAAAUACAGGACUUGUUAGUGAAUGCCUUUGAUGACUUGGAGGAAGAAGAGUCAUACACACAACAUUCUGCCUAUCCUUUUCCAGGCUCUGCUGGUGGUAGGGAGGACCAGGGCAAUGUUGGCAGUGGUAGGGAUGGAGGUGGUUAUGGUGGCAUGGGCAGCCCCAUGACGAGCUCAUAUGCACCACAGGCAUACCAUGAGGAUGUACAUAACUACCAGGAGUACCAAAGUGAUGUGUACCACCAGCAGAAUGCACAUCACAUGGGAGGAGAUUUGGAUGGCUCCUCAGAAGGUCGUGGAUCACUGGGAGGUGCUUCAUGUAGCAGCAGCAACAGUGUGACCCCCUGGAGUGAAGACAGUCGUGGUACUUCACCCACCAGGUUCAGCCCCCUGCAUGGCCACUUGAGUACAGGAUCUGCCCUGGAUGAUGCCACCAGUGGAGGAGAUCCAUAUGUCCCUGUAGGUGGGCAAGACUUCCAGGCAUCCCAUGUGGAGGUCUAUGCUACCAAUGAUCAUCAUGCAGGCCACUUUGAGGUGCAGGACAACCAGGAAAUGCUGAACCUCGAUGAUCAGUACAAACAGGCAGAGACUUCCUAUGACCAGCUGAAGCUCCUGUAUGAAGUGAGAGGCAGAGAGCUGGACCGUCAGAUGUCGGAAUACUCAAAGUUACAGUUUGAAAGUAACCGUGACAUCAGAUCUCUGCAGCAUCAGUUGAGUCUUCUGAGAUCAGAAAAUGAUGGUAAAUCAGCUAGUGUUAAGCAGCUUCAAAUUCUGUUAUCAGAGAAAGAGGAGAGAACAAAGGCACUAGUGACUGAUAUGAAAGAACUCCAGAGUAAGCUGUCAGCAACACAGGAUGAAAACAAAAAGCUUCAUCUACAAUUGGAGACUGCUGAGUCCACUAUCUCUAGCCUGGAGUGCCAAGUGUCAGAAUUGCAGGCAGUAGACAGUCUCAGUAGGAACCAAAAGCUGCAGGAGGAAUUCAUUCGCAAGUUACAGCAAGGAAAUCAGGAAGAAAAGGAUCUUCUACUGUCAAAGCUGCAUGAGUCCGAGAAGGAGGCUCAUACCUCACAGCAAGAAGUCAAGAGACUCCGAGAAGAACUGAAGAACAUGAGGAACUUAUACGAUGGAGCUGUGGUGCAGAAAUCAGAGACAGUGGCCAAGCUCAAUGUGAUGAUUGAGACCCUGAGGAAGCAGUAUGAGCAGCUCCUUCAAGCUCAUGACAGUCAAGAAACACUGAAAUUGGAGCUGAAGGUGAAGAGUCUGGAGGCCACCAACCAAAACCUGGAAGAACAAGCCUCCAUGCUUGACAUUGAACUCAAGAAGGCAAAAGAGGAUCUGAAGAGCUUUGAUAUGGCAAUGAAGUUGGGCAUCAUGAAAGACAUCUUGCCUACAGAGGACUCAAUGCUGGGCCUAGGCAUCAAGCAGGCCCUCACCUACAAUGACACCACUACCUCAGACACACACAAGAGAAGCAGUGGCACCAAGUAUGAGUUUCCCAAGGAUAAAGACAGUAUUGUGACAGUUCGUGAAGAGCUGAAGAAGAGCCUAAUGAUCAACAAGGCCAAAAGGGAAGAGAUUGCCUUGCUGAGAAAUGAUGUUCAGGAGAAGCAGGACAGGAUUAGGAAAGCCACCAGUGAUCUGCGGGAUGCACAUGCUGAGGUGAAGCAGUUGAAGGAACAGCUAUUGAGGCUCCAGAUGAAACAUGAUGAGAAGGAACUGAGAGAGAAAGACACCAGCCAAUUAGCAAAUAACAAGGAAAGAGAACUUCAGGUAGAAAAUAUUUCUCUACAACAAGAGAUGGCUUGCCUCUUGGCCUGUGUGAGAGACAGCAAGGUGCUUUAUGGCAACCUGAUGGAUGCUGUGAUGAGUGUUAAGGAUGGUGUGGUUCAUGACCAGGUAUCGACACUCUGUGCCAAGAUGGAUGAGUUGGUGCAUCACAUUGAGGCUGGAAGGAAGCUGUCAGCUGAGGUUGAGUGUCUCCAUGAAAUGCUCACAGAGAUGAGAAAAGAAAAUGCUGCACUUCAUCAGGCUCAAGCAGUAUGGGAGAAUAGAAUUGGAAACCUGGAAGUAAAGCUGAAGGUGUCAGGAAAGAUGAUUAUGAGGGCAGUCACUGAUCCUGAGAAGGCAAGUGAAAUCACUCCCUCUCUUGCCACACUCCAAAGGCUUCUUGCUGACCUUCAGGAGCUGGUGACAGAAGUAAAUCAAGAGAUUCAGGAAGCCAACUAUGAGAAGCUGAAGCUGCAGGACAGACUAGCAAAGUGCAAUCUGGAUUUGGAGAAGAUGAGAGACAAAAUUGCAAAGCUUGAAGAAGAAAAGGUUAACUUGAAGGGACAGUUUGCAUCUCUAGAGAAGGAUAAGAACAAAGAGAAAGAUGCUGAGUUGGAGUGUUACCAGAAAACUUACCUUAAGUUCCAUGAGGAAGCAAUGCAUGAGCUGGAGGCCAACGUCAAGGUGGAAUAUGAACAGAUAGUGACAGACUUGAAGAGGAAGAUGCACCAGCUGAAUGAGGAGAUAAAGGAGACCAAGGACUGUUAUAUUCAGGUGUGUCAGGAAAAGAACCAGUUAGAGGAAAGACUGGAGCAACUAAUGAGAAGCAGAUCUACACCUAUAGAAUCUCAGAGACUUCAGCAGGGUGCCAGAACUGCUCUCUCAACUCCAGAUUCUGGUGUUUGUGCUGAAGGUGUGACCCAGAGAGACCAAGUACAGGAGGUGAUGCUGCACAAGGAAAUUGAAACUCUCAAAGAGGAAUUGGCCUUUGUCAAAGAAAGAUACAAAGAACAGAGCAGGAAACUUGAGCAGGAAAUGGAUCAGGCUGCCCUCCCUCACAAGUACAGGAAGGAAGAUACAAUGAUGACAGGACAAGGAACCAGUGAGGCUGUUCAAGAAAUGGAAGAGACUUGUAGUAGGCUGGGAAGUGAGAAUAAAGAGUUGAGAGAAAAGUACAAAGAUCAGGAGGCUGAGAUUAUGAGGCUAAAAGAAAUAUUAUCUCAAGAGUCAGUGUCUGGAAUUAAAGGUGCCUGGCAGGCCAUUCUAGAGAGACAGCAAAAGCGAAUGGAUGAGGAGAAAAAGGAAUUGAGGGCAUAUUAUGGAAACAUCAUUGAGGAACUGCAGAAAAGGUAUACACAAAUAGAAUGUACAGAGAUAUCAAAGGGCAAGAUGAAGGAGCAGGAGAGUAACAUAAAUGACAAGAUCAGGAAGCAAGAGGACAUCAUCACAACUUUAAGGGCUGAGCUGGAGAAAGCACGAAAUGAAGUACAUGUGGAAGAGGAGGAGAGGGAGAAGGAGGUGAGGAAACUUACCAACCUGCUGCAAAACAAGGAGGAGGAAGUCCAGGACAAGCAAGAACAGAACAAUGUUAUCAGACUCGGCUUUCAGAAUUAUGUCAGAAAAGUGGAGGCUGAGCACAAGAGUUUGCAGGAAAAAGUGGAAAAGUUAGAGGCACAGCAAAAGGAGAAGGACAAGAAAUACAUCCAUCUAAAGUUGAAAUUUGAGAAGUACAAUGAAGUAAUUACCCAGAGAAAAUAUUACAAGAGUGAGCUGAACAGAUUGUGGGAUACUUAUGAGGGCACCAAGGUGUCAUUCAUUGUUCAGCUGCAGAAUGUCUUGGAGGAGGUGAAAGUAAUAUUUGAAAAGCAGGUGGAGGCAGUGAAGGAAACUCUUGGUGCUUUGAGUGGACCACAGGUGGCACAGGCCCUACAAGAACUCAGCCAGCUUUCUGCAUAUGUCAAGAAUUUUGAUUUGAAAAUAUCAUGAGGU